AUGUCAGACUUGAAUUAACUCAACAGACAGCCGCUCACAACUGACAGUUCAUACACACACACAAGACAUCGCGAAUUGUUUAUACUAAAAGGCGGUACAUUUUCGAUGAGUCUUUUGUUUUAAUUUUUUACAAGGAAAUUAACAAGGUUAGGUUUAAAGUUGAAACACAGCAUUUCGUUGAGAAAAAGUCGCCUUCAGUUGAUUCACAAUGGAUUUCAACGCACUUCUCCAAGAAGCUCAAAAGCUGACCAAUGAGACAAAUGCUUCGGAUUUGCUACCGAGAGUGGAACGAUCGUUGCCACAAGUACUUCAGGCUACACGUGAACUACAUUCGCGUGUCACCCAAACAGAAGCACAGGAUAUUCAAGCUCACAUCCUUCUUGGUUCCAAAGGUAUUGAGCUGCCGAAAAUCUCACAGAAGCUUGAGUCGUUGAGUGCGCGUAAAACAUUUGAACCACUCGAACCAAUAGCCGACACAGACGUUCAGGGUUUCUUACGAAAUGAGAAAGAAACGGCCAUUCUGUCGGUCAUCGAGGAGGUGCACAAAAACUCGUAUUUAUCGGCUCAAAACCAAAAGUGGGAACACAUUCUCAGCGAUUGGAAACAGGAGAAAAUCAAGCUGAUGAACGCUUUGAUUGGACCAUCACAAAAUUGGAUCGACAUUCGAAAAGGCCCCGAACAGACUGUUUUGAACGAAACAAGCGCUCGUGGAAAGUCAAGCCUGAACAGUCAAGAGAUGGCUUAUGCUUGUGAAGUGUAUGAAUAUAACAAAUUGGUGAUCGCCGGCGGAUUGCGGCCGAAUCUAGUGGAACGAUUCUCGAAAAUUGCACAGCAGUUCAAUGACACGAAGGUGAACGAAAUCUGGGAAAUCAUCAUUUACAUGACGAAUGUUACACCACUGCCGAAGUCGCAAGAUCCAUUCAAAACACGGAACACAAAAUAUGAAUUCGUGGCUCAGGGUAAAAAAUAUUUGGAGCAUAGAUAUAAAUUGUUCAUGCAAACCUACAUAUCGGACCGUUUGCCCGAGGCGCAACGUGGCGGUGUGCCAAGUGUCUUUAAUUUGGUUGGCUCAUUCGUGGCGUUGAACUUCAACAGUCAAACAGGAAACACAAUUGGUCUUCAAGACGGUCAUAUCGAUGGUAGACCUCUGUGGCCAAUGGUUUACUACUCGUUGCGUUGUGGAAGCAUUCAAUCAGCAUUGAAGUGUUUGCAACAAGCUGGGCUGGGUCACGAUGAUCUGAUUCAAGUGUUGGAAGAGAAGGCACGCAAACCUAAUCAGCGUAUCAGUGCCAAAUUGGAAGCUCAAAUCAAGAUGCAGUACAAGCGAAAGAUUCAGAAUGAAACAGACAUGUACAAGUGUGCUGUUUAUGGUCUCAUUGGCUGUUGUGAUGUGCCAGAUCAUGCAAAAGUGGCCAAGACCACCGAUGAUUUUCUAUGGAUUCAGUUGUCCAUGAUUCAACCGGAUGACAAUGGCAAUAUGAGCAACACUGACGAUCAUAUUGGAUCAGACAACCCCACAUACCCGGCUCUUCAGUCAAUGAUUCUUGAAAAAUACGGAGAGAAACACUUCAAUGCCAACGAACAACCACAUUUGUAUUUCCAAGUGUUGGCAUUGACCGGUCAAUUUGAACCUGCCAUCGAAUUCUUGUCACGUUUCGAACGCUAUCGCACUCAUGCCGUUCAUAUCGCUUUAGCUCUCAACGAAAUGUUCCUCUUGGGCUUGCCGCGAAGUGUGCAACAACCAUUGUUGUCAAUCGAUAUCGAGGAUCCAGUUCCGUUGCGACGCUUGAAUGUUGCCCGCUUAAUCAUGCUCUACGUUCGCAAUUUCGAAAUCACUGAUCCAGCUGAAGCUCUUCAGUACUUCUAUUUCCUUAGAAACAAGCGUGAUCCAGACGGCCGCAACUUGUUCCUAACUUGUGUAUCCGAUUUGGCUAUCGAAUGCCGCGACUACGAUUUACUCUUCGGCAAAAUGCAGCGAAACUGUAUCCGAUCACGUGGUUUAAUCGAUCAAUUCGAGUCGAUUGAAAUCGAUGUGCGAAAAGCCUGUGAAAUUGUUGGCGAUGAACUGGUCAAAAAAGGAUUGUUUGAAGACGCCGUUAAACUUUAUGAUUUGGCUGGUAUCGAAGAGCAAUGCUUGCGAUACUUGUCAAUUUUACUGUCUCCAGUUGUGCAUCAAACCGGCAAAAAAGGUUCGUUACGCGAGCGAUUGUACUUGAAAGCCUUGGAGUUCACCGAGCGUUAUGCUGAUACGGAACUGCAUUGUGAUUCCAAUAUUCGUGCCACAUUCUUCACACUGCGUGACUUGGUCAAAUUCUUCGACGAAUACCAUCAACAGAAGUAUCAAUUGGCUUUAGAAACGCUGGGUCAGUUGAAACUCGUUCCAUUGAGCAUGAAUGACCUGGAGAUUUGCGUCAAUAACUUCAAAAGGCUUGGCGGCGAAGUGAGCAAAGUGUUCCCUGAUUUGCUGCUGGCAACCAUGGAUAUCAUUCACACGCAGUACAAGAACUUAAAAGGACGCGAUGGAUACGCAUUCAAUACAGAUGAGGCAAAAGAACGAGUGAGUUCCCAUCCAAAAUUUAUCUCGUUUGUCUCCAUUUCAUUCGGAAUUUUCCCCAAUAUUCAUCAAAAAUUCUUCUUUCUCAAACCAAAACAGCAAUUGGCCAUUUUGCGCGAUCAGGCAAGGGCAAUUACAAAUAUGGCAGCAACAGUUCCAUACCGAAUGCCCGGCGAUAUCAGCAGUCGAUUGGUACAAACUGAAAUUCUUAUGCAUUAAGUUUGUUCAACUGAAAAAAUCUGUCUGAAUUUUCUUACGUUUUAAAACAAAUAAAUCGAAAUGAAAAUAAAAAA